UUUGUUUUUUUGUUUUUUUGUUUUUUUUUCAGUUGAGGAGCUGAGUGCGGGAGGGUGCAGCUGUGACGGUGUUCACCCCUCAGUUGGCCGAAAACCUCUGAGUGCUUACUAGUAGAAGAAGGAAUCUUAGGGAAGUCAUGACAGUACCAAUGGAGGAGCGCUUAAUACUUUUUGACUUUGAUGAUGAAGAAGAUGAUACAAAUGUUUUGGAGAAGGCUCUUUCUGAAGAAAAGAACCCAGCAUUUGACAAAGAUGAGAAUAAGUCACCUCCUAUAGAAGCAGAUGAAGAUAUGGGGGAUGAAAUACACAGCAUGUUGCAUAAAUUUGGAGAGAAUGUGAACAAUUCUCUUCUUGAGAAAAGAAGAAGAAUCCAAAUGUACUCUCAAAUGAUUUCCAAGGAGAGUAGCUAUAAAAUGAAACAAGUUUGGAAAACCAAACAAAAGCAAUUGCUAAAGCUUAACAAUAUGUAUUACCAGCAAUUUAUGGAUCUGUUUAAACAAUGGGAUUUGGAUAAGCAGAGAUUUGAAAAACAGCAAGAAAACCUAAUUAGUAUCUUCAAACAACAACAAAUGGUACUAAUACAGCAGAAAAUUAAACAGAACCAGAGAAUGACACUAAUCAUGCAGAUGGUUAUACAGUACACACAGCUUUUGACGAACAUAAAGGAUAAAAGUGCUUCAUGCCUUGAAUUGAAAAAGGAAAUUGCUGAGUAUCAAAAGAAACAAAUGAUAGAAACUCAGCAGCUCGAGAUUGCAAACAUUCGAAAGUCUCUUCUAUCCAUACUAUUCUGAGGAGUCCUUGAAGAACAAACACUUCAACUUGUUUGCUGCAAUAGAAUUCUAAUGUUCUCUAAAAACAGUUCCUUACAUCAAAUUUAAGUUUAAAUGAAAUCUAAGCAGGCCUAUGACAAGCAGCUCUUUUGCUGUAUCAAGAUUUUAACUCCUGGGUUUUUAAUUAGUGACAUUUCUCUCUCCAACAGUGUGAAUUCUCAUGUAUGAUUGAACAUCAGUUAGUUUGUUUGUUCAUUUAUUUAAGCAUCAGAAAACCCCUAAUCAAUGAUGAAAGAGACAAAGAACAAUUAUAGAAGGUUAUGUUGGCAUUUGCCUUGCUUUGCUUGGCUUUAUUUUUGAGACAUGAGCUCGCCAUGUGACCCAGGCUGGUCUCCCAUUUCUGGGCGUAACCUCAGCCUGCAAAGUACCCAUGGUUUUUAAUUUUUAAUUUGACAAAAUUGAUAUUGCCUGGAUCUCACAAUUGAGCACAUUUGCUACCUUGUUUUUAAUGAAAAAGCAACAGCAAAAGAUUGAAAAUUCUCAAGAGCAUUUACAAAUCUGUAUUAAUGAAAUGAACUGUUCAAAUGAAAUCUAAAAUGUCAUGUGACUUGCAGCCAUUCCUCUGUAGCAAGGCUUAUUGUAAUAUGAACUGUUUCUCUAUGGUUGUAAAUAUUAUAUCACAAAUAAAGAUUAUUUGAAUUUCA